AUGAGUGGCAAGAAAAAUUUUGCUAAAUUUAUGGAAAAGAAAAUGUUUUCCAAUGCUCCAAAAGAAAAGAUGAAUGAUGAGUUUCGAAAUAUUAGGAAGGAAGAAAACCUGAGUAAUAUCGUGAAUACAAGCGAAAGGAGAAUUUUAUUCUAUAAGACAAAAAUAUGUCCAUGGUAUAUUAAGGGAAAGUGUGAAAGAAGAAAGACAUGUCUAUAUGCUCAUGCACAGAAUGAACUAAGAGAAUUGCCGAAUUUAUGUAAAACCAGUUUGUGCCCAAAAUUAAAAAUAAAUGAAUCAUGUAAUGAUAAGAAAUGUAAGUAUGCACACACGAACAUCGAAUUAAGAGCUACCGAAAAUUUGUAUAAAACGGCAUUGUGUGAAAGCUUUAUUAAAGGAAAAUGCUUCUCAGGGCAAUUUUGUAGGUAUGCACAUGGCCAGAAUGAAUUAAGAGAGCAUCCAAUGGAAAUAACAGACAAAAAUAUAAUCAUUGGAACGAGUAAAAUGAAAAAUGAUAAGUUGGAUUUUGAAAAGAAGAAAAUCUCAAAUAACAAUUGCAACAACAUCCAGAACAUUGAUAACUGCAAAAGAAAUGAAACAUAUUGUGUUAUGCCCAAGAAGAAAGAGACACAUCUUAACAAAGUUAGCGCACUCACAGAAGAUGACGCUGUUGGAGAGGUAACGGAGGCCAUGGAUCCCCAAGCGCUCAACGAUAGCACGACUGACAAUUCUUACGACUGUGCCAAGAAGGGAAGAGCAGAGAACACCACCAAACAUGGAGGCUUAAGCGGAAAUGGAAACAACAACGGAGGAAAUCACGGCGCAAAUAGCAGCGGAAAUCAUAGCGGAAAUAAUCUUAGUAGGAAGAACGAUGUGCACGAGUACCACAAGAGAAGCCAUAAGAAUCAAAAGUACAGGAACUCGGAAAUCAUGAAUAACAACAGCAGUAGGCGUGAUGGUAGCAAUAGGAAUGACAGAUCCUCCUCCUCGGUAGGAAAUUACUUGAAGCACGAAGACUGCACAAAAUUCAAUGAUGAACAAUUUUUGAAUGAUAGCCUUAACGUUUUGGGAUUUUUGGAAGAGCAUAAUAAUGGCGUAGAAAAGUUUUGUAAAGGACACAGCAUGAGUAACAGUAUCAUAAAUGAUGUUGGAAACAAUUCAUUAAGCAAUUUUCCAAAUAACAGUAUUAUUGGAGGAACCAAUAGCAAUAACAAUGCCCUUUUAAAAUAUGUGAGAAAUAACAAAGGCAUUGGAGGAAAUAGCAGCAACUCCUCGUCUUUGAUAAAUUUUAAUGUGGCCACACAGAAUGCAGGAAAUUUGGAUAUGAAUGUACACAACAACAGUUCAGAAGAUAAUUAUUACAACUUUAACACUACCAAUAUGGAAAAUUUGAAUUACGAGGACAUUUUUUUUGGUGGAAAUAGCACAAACAAUAGCCUAAACGCUUUAAACAGCUUAAAUAGCAUGAACAGCAUGGGUAGCAUAAGUAGCUUUAACAGCAUGAGUUGUGUGAGUGGUAUGAAUGUAAACACUAUGAACGAAAUGACAAUGAGCAACAUGAACAGCAUGACUAUGAACAUGGGGAACAUGGGCAGCAUGAAUAACAUGUGCAUGGACAUGAACAGUGAGAAUUUGAACAAUAUGGACAUGAACAGUAUGAAUAUGAACAAUAUGAACAUAAACAAUAUGAAUGUGAAUAGUAUGAAUAUGAACAGUAUGAAUAUGAACAGUGUGCAUAUGAACAGUGUGAAUAUGAAGAAUAUGAAAAACGUGGGUUGUGUCAGCGGUGGUAUGGCCAUGACCAUGAACAGCAAUGGUGACUGUGGAAGUGUGACAGAGCCCAUGUGUAAAUACUUGAUGUUGAAUAAAGAAUUAAAAAACAACGGUGUAACAAGGACGGAUCUUUCGGGAAAUAACGUAGGCCUAAACAGCAUUAACAUGAUAGAAGUUGUAGGAAACUGUGAACAACAGCAGGAUAACAUAAUAAGCAACAAAUUGAUGAAAGAAAAGGAAAAUUCUGACGAUCUAGUUAGCUGGGAAAAUUUUUCUCUGUUUGGGAAAGCCAAAAGUUUUAGCGCAGAGAAAGACUAUUUUAAAAUUUUUAAUUAUGGAAUGUGCAAUAAUUUUGAUAAUAAACUGUUUAAUAAUUGCGAUGUGCAUAAGAACGAAAUGGAAAAAGUUGAUAAAUCAUUAUUUAUUCUUUAA